GUGACGUAUUUCCGGCUAACUGUCAAACCCGUAGGCUACAUGACAGUCGACGGGACAGGUUGGACCAAAAACUAACUCACGGGCAUUUCAUAAAUUCGACAGACGAAGGCAGUCCAGAGAAAUGUCUUUUAUUUUUGACUGGAUCUACAAGAGCUUCAGCAGUGUCUUGCAACUAUUAGGGCUGUACAAGAAGACUGGGAAGCUUGUGUUCCUUGGACUAGACAAUGCUGGAAAAACUACACUCCUGCACAUGCUCAGAGACGACCGGCUCGGACAGCACGUGCCAACGCUACAUCCAACAUCUGAGGAGCUGACCAUAGCUGGGAUGACCUUUACAACUUUUGACCUUGGAGGUCAUACGCAAGCACGAAGGAUCUGGAAGAAUUACCUCCCAGCCAUCAACGGUAUCGUCUACAUGGUGGAUUGUGCAGACCAUGAGCGACUAGCAGAAGCUAAAGUUGAACUGGAUGCCCUGUUGACGGAUGAAACCAUCACGAACGUCCCGGUUCUCAUCCUGGGGAAUAAGAUAGACCGUCAAGAGGCCAUCAGUGAGGAUGGGCUCAGAGGAACAUUUGGCCUUCAUGGACACACAACUGGAAAGGGCAAAGUGUCACUGAAGGAGCAGAAUUUGAGGCCAAUGGAGGUUUACAUGUGUAGUGUGCUGAAGAGACAAGGAUACGGAGACGGUUUCCGCUGGCUAUCCCAGUAUAUUGACUGAGUCAUGUUUCAUUCAUGCCUCAUUUACCAUGCUACCUGCACACAGAAAGACAUGUUCCACAAAAACCUGCCAUAGAGAUACUUUGUUAACUAUACCAUAAUUAGGACUUGUGUUACGAGUGUUUUGUGUUUAUAUACCUUGUAUUCUUCAUGAGUUCAAAGAACUCUAUCAUAUCAAUCAUACCACAGCGAGUCAAAGAUUAAGUUAUGGAUCACCCGGCUGUAUUGAGUGUGGAGAAUAAUCUUCAUGGUGUGGUUUGUACCUUUACUUCAAGCCUGUAGAGAAUUCUUUGCCAUAUAGAACAUGUCAUCGCUGUGAAUCAGUUUCUGACCCGGGUGUAUUUUUAGCUGCUGGUGUAGACUUACAGUGAAGGUCAAUUUGGUUAACAUUUUGUGUUUGAGGUUACUCUUCCUUGAUUGAGAGUGAAUAUUAGCAUUAUAUAUGUACAUUUAUCCUACUUCUUUCAAACUAAUGGGAAUCUUGAAGAACCAUAAGAUUUUUUUCAUUCAAGAACACACUAAGUGCUGCAGAGAUUUGUUCAUAAGAAAAGUGUUAAUACAGUAGACUGCUACCUCCAAGGAUACUGACAGGUCUACUUAUUUCAUGUUUUUUUUUCUAAUCGUUGAAGGGUUUAUAACUGCAGGCCAAUAUAUGAAUGUGACCACAAGUGCAUUAACUUACAUUUUGCUGUGAUGAGCUUUAUUUGAUGGCACAGGACAGCAUCUAAUAAUUGCAGUACAUGUUAACUGCAUAAGAACAGCCAGGUGAUGUGACAAAGGUAGAUGCCAAACUACAGGUUUGCAUGAUAGUUUAUUACUGUAAAACAACUUGAGUACUUUGUGAUUAGUGGCUGCUCAAAACAUGCAGUGAUAUUAUGAGAGUACUUGGGUGGUGCUUAAAAAAGAAGAAGAAAAAGGCACACAAGUUAUGCAUGACAUUACCUUUUAGUGCAAUAUUAUACAUUAUUUUGUAUAUAAGCUUAUUUAUAUUUUGCAAUAAAAAAAUUGGCCUAACUUAUGUUACAUCAAGCUGUGAGCGCUGAAGUUACAAAAGGCAGGUCAUAUUGUUAUUAAACGUGUGAAGUUUGAGCCCAAUAAAUAUUUUUGACAAUC